AUGAAAGGCUUGUUUGUUCUUUGCCUAAUAUUUGUCAUUGCUUCACCUUGUUUGUGCCAAAAUUACUUCAAUGUUGUUAAGUAUGGUGCCAAAGGCGAUGGCCAUACGGAUGAUUCAAAUGCUUUUACGAAUGCAUGGCAAGAUGUGUGUGGUUCAACUCGAGAUACCCCGACACUUAUCAUACCCGAAGGCCAAAAUUUCAUGUUGCAACCUUUGUCAUUUCAAGGUCCUUGCAAAUCUACAACCAUUAGUGUUAAGAUAAUGGGAACUAUCACUGCUCCACAAAGCAAUGCAAAUUGGAAAUGGGACGAUAAUGAUGGUGAUUAUUGGAUCAAGUUCUCAAACAUAAAUGGCCUUAUUAUCAACGGUGGUGGAACAGUUGAUGGCCAAGGUGAUUCAUGGUGGAACAAUAAUGGCCAUAUCAGGCCAACGGCUCUUAAAAUUCUUGAAUGUGAUAAUCUAAAACUUGGCCCAUUGAAACACAUCAACAGCCCCAGAAAUCAUAUAAGUAUAGUCGGAUGCAAUGACGCUUUAAUCUCUAAUCUUCAUAUAAUUGCUCCAAAGGAUAGUCCCAACACCGAUGGGAUUGACAUUUCAACAUCAACCAACAUCUCCGUUCAGCAUUCAAUCAUUUCAACUGGUGACGAUUGCAUUGCCAUUAACAAUGGUACCGAGUUCAUCUACAUAACUGAUAUUCAGUGUGGACCUGGUCAUGGCAUAAGUGUUGGAAGCCUUGGAAAAGAUGGGGAUUAUUCCACGGUAGAAGAGAUACAUGUGUCAAACAUCACCUUUAGAGAAACAACAAAUGGUGCUAGAAUCAAGACAUGGACGGGAGGAUCUGGGUAUGCUAGAAAGAUAACAUAUGAAGAUAUUAUUGUUUUUAAAGUGGAGAAUCCUGUGAUUAUUGAUCAACAGUACGACGCUUUAGAACCUCUCAAAACAAAAUACAAUGUUUUAGAAGGUGUAAGCAAAGCAGUAAAAGUGAGUGAUGUUAUUUUCCGCAACAUUCGUGGAACCACAAAUGGUAAGGAUGCAAUUGAUCUGAAUUGUGCUCGUAUUGGUUGCACCAACAUUAUACUUGAAGAUAUCGACAUAGUUGAUCUUGAUGGAAAGAAAGCAUCUGCAUCAUGCAAUAGUGUACAAGGGUCAUGCUCUUCUUGUAAUCCACAAGUAUCGUGUCUUUAG